UCAAGGGGGGAGAUGUGUGUAAAAUGUUUGUUGAGAAAGAUCGUUUCACAUCACCGUACUCCGGAAAAACUUGUCAGAAUUGGUUUCAUCUAACUGACAGUGCCAAAAGUGAUUUUGACAACAACUUUUCCGCUUUAAAUGGCACUUUAGAAAAUUCAACUUUGUGUAAGGAUCCCUCUGCCGAAGGUGUUUUAUGGUGCUAUGUUAGUAACUAUGACAAAUCAAUGCGGGAUCUGUGCUUUUUGCAUCUUAAAGGUAACCUAUCUAUGCCUGAAAAGAGGGUAUCAGAGGCAAAAUGCUCCGAUGGAUCUUCAAUACCUAAAAUUAAUUGGUGUGAUAGGACCUUUGACUGCAUAGACUUUUCGGAUGAAUUGUCAUGUCAGAACAGAGUUAAAGUUCAUGAUCUCGAUAUGAUUGGCAAGGCAAUGAUGCAAUUUACUUUACCCAAACGACUCAAACCAGAGGCAUACUUCACCUGUGAACAUAGCAAAGAGUGGAUAUCUACAUUAGCUAAAUGUGAUAACGUCAUAGAUUGUCUUGAUGCUUCAGACGAAGUUACUUGUUUUAACGGAUGUGAUGACAAUGAAUUCUCUUGUGAUGGUGGACAUUGUAUAAAAUUUAGUCAAGUCUGCGAUUUUAUAUCCGACUGUGCGGAUGGUACAGACGAAAAAUGUGAUUUCCAAAAGUGUGAUGAAAAUGAAUUUCGUUGUUCUAAUAAACAGUGCAUUCCAUCAGAUAAACGAUGUAAUUCUCAACCUGACUGUUUAGAUAAAAGCGACGAAGAAAAAUGUGAGUCCUGCACAAAUUCAUUUUUGUGUUCUGGUGAUUACAAAUGUAUUCCUCUUCGUCUGACGUGUGAUCGCUACCCUGACUGUACACACAGCAGUGAUGAAUUAACUUGCCGUCUGAAAAUUCUAACAUCAGCUGAUAUGAGAGAUGAAUAUCUUUCUCUGACAGGUUGGAAAGAGUCUGGUGAAAUCUCUCUAAUGUACCUUGACUUUCAGGGUGGUAGGCUGAAGACCUGUAUUGAGUAA